AUGGAGAUGGACUUUGAACACGUAGAUGGAGCUGAGAAUUCAUUUAAAUUUCAUCUUCCUUUCAUGCUUAGGACAAUAGCUGUUCACCGAGGCUCCCCGCACAGUCUCUUUAGGAAGUUUGGAAGUAUAUUUUAUGUUCCAUUGCAGCCUCCGUAUUGCAAGCCACAGGACAGCACCUCCAUCAAAAUACAUGGGUUUCGAUCCCUCUACCAGGCUGCAAGUGACUGCCUCAUUUCCCGGAUUAAUAACCUUCGUGCUGUGGAGCGGCGCGGGCGAGGCGAGAUUGGAGGUGCCGAGGGCGGCGCGGGCGGACACGGGCGUCUACCUCUGCCGCGCCUUCAGCCCCGUCGGGAGCGCGCCGCCCGUCGCCUCGGCCCUUGUCGUUUCUCCCUGACCCCCAACCCUUCCCUCACUCCUUCAGAAGCACCGUGGUGGCCUGCCUGGAAGAAUCGCAGCGCGGGCGUGGGCGUGUGGGCGCGGGCGGGGCGGAAGGCUCGCCUCGAGUGCCGGGCGCGGGCGGCGCCGACGCCCACGGUACAGUGGCACAGGCAGAGCGACCCGCCCUUGUACUCCAACUACAAGUACCACAUUCAGGGACCUCAGCUCUUGGACGGACUGGUUGAGUGGAAGUCGGUGCUGGAGGUGCGGAGCGUGGCGCCGCAGGACUUCGGGAACUAUACCUGCACCUUCAGGAAUCCGCUCGGAUCCUUCGCCUCUGUCCACGCCCUUUCGCCGCCGCCGAAGCCAGCUGUGCCCAGGAAUUUUACCGUGAAAGGCCGGGAGAGUGUCAGCAUCAGGGAGGAAGUGCCAGAAAAAGGCAUUCGCGUUCCAAGUUUCCUGCUGAUCCUGCUGACCCUCGCUGGCACUGUGCUUGUGGCCCUGAAUUGUGUUAUCAUAUUUUGCUUCGUCUGUCGUCGAGCUCAGCACCCGAGGGCGGCUCAAGCAAAUCAGCAGAAGAUUCAGGAGAAAGUCUUCAGCAUCUCAUCGACUGACGAGACAGCGCAAGAAAGUGAUCCAGCUGUGACCUCCUCUUAUGAUGUCAUGCACAAGAUGGCGUCCUGCCAGCCGGCGGCGGAGGAGUACCAGCUGACGAGCCUCGGCGGCGACGCGGUGGGGCGCAUCUCGCCGCCGGGCCUCCUCGUGGCGGCGGACGCGCCCCUCCCGGAGGCGGCGCCCAAGGGCAGCCUCUCGUGGCGCGACGAGUCCGUCAUCCCGCCCGACGUGUGCCCGAGGAACCUGGAGUCCGAGGAGCAGGACCUCGCCACCGGCCGCCCCUACGACUCGCAGAGCCCGCCGUCGAGGCCCAGCUCCCCGGAGAACCACUCGGACCCGAGCUCGCAGUUCCACCUCUCGUUCAACCCGUCGGACUCGAACUCGCCGUCGAGGGUGAGCGGGAUCCUGCUGCGGGACCUGGCGGAGGAGAAGCUGACGGCGCCCCUGCUCAGCCUCACGCCCCGAUCUCACUCCCUCCACCACUGCAGCCUCGCGCCCCUCCAGCACGCGUGGGAGAGGCACCACCAGUCCCACCACAGCAUCCCGAGCGACAGCGACGUCCUCCUCCUCCGGUCCCAACUGGGGGUCGAACUCACCCUCCCGAGGUCGACCUCCACGGCGCCCAGGGUAUCGGCUGACGCGGCCACCUCGAGACCAAGCACCAGCAGAAGCCCAGGUCUCGGGGACGAGUACUUCCGCGCCAGAAGCUCGAGUGUGCAUCUUCAGACGUCGUUCUCGCAAGAAAAGCGCGCCACUGACGAAGAAGGCGAUUUUGGAAUAUCAUUUUAGUGUCUCACUACAUGUAUAUACAUACGUACAUUGAUAUAUAUAUAUAUAUAUAUAUAUAUAU